AUGGACUGGGAGGCCAACCUCGCGGCCAUCAUCCGCUGCACGGACGCCAGCCUCGAGCAGCAGUUCCGCCUGUUCGAGGACGUCACGGCCGAGUUCGCGGCCGAGGAGCCGCCCGCCCAGCAGCACCAUGAGGACCCCAGCGACAACGUGGCCGCCGCGUACCUGCGCGAGACGAUGGCGAGCGACUACCGCCACCGCCAACAGGAGCAGCGACGACAGACGCCGUCGUACACGCGAGUGUCUGGCGCGUUCCCGCGCGGACCAGCGACGGCCGCUCAGACGUCGACGACCUCGUUCUCGGAGCAUUUCCAUCGUCAACAGGAGCGUAAGCGAGGAGCAGCAGGAAGAGCGAGGGACAACCAGCGCACGCACCGCCGAGUGUAUCACCAGCAAAUGUACAGCUCGCCGACGUACGAUAUGGCGCAGAUGAUGGAGCAGGUCCGACUCAGUCUGAAGCUGGAGGUGGACGCGCGUGCCGCCAUUGCGGAGCGCCAACUGAGCGCGCUGCUGCAGCUGUGCAAGGCGACGUCGGAGGAGCUCGACCGACUACGAGUGGAAGUGUGCGCGAACGAUCGGCAACUGCACACGCUGGACCAGGUGCAGUCCAAGAUCCGGCAGGAGCUCACGACGCAGAAGGAUAUCGGCUUUCAUCUGCAGUCGAUGUGCGGCAAAGACGAGUCGUGGCGCAUGCAGACCGAGAACCAGUUGCUGGAGCUGCGUCAAAUGGUGGCAGCACUUCGCGAGCAAGGCAAUUCUACGCAGGCGGUCGCGCAGGAGAAGCUCUCGAGGUCGGAGCUGCUGGUGCAGUUUAAUGCUGCGAUGGAGCCGAUCAAAGCUCAACUGCAGGCAAAUCUGCAGCACCAGGCCCAGCAGAUCGCUGAAAUCACGCGUACGACGAGCUCUUCGAGCCUCUUGCUGGAUGGACUCACGCAGAAAGUGAAUCGAGGAGUUGCGGACGAGAUUAACGAGCUGCGCAGCGAUCUGAACGCUCUGAAGCAUCACGUGGCGAAGUUGGACAUAUUUCAGGAC